AUGGGCUCAGAGCGGGUGGAGAUGCGUAAGAGACAGAUGCAGGUUCAUCAGGAAGCAGCUGCCAGUGUCCUCCAAGCGCGCCACAGAAUGGGAAACACCCCCACCAACGCCUCAAACGCCUGCUGCUUCUGCUGGUGCUGCUGCUGUAGCUGCUCCUGUCUGACUGUUAGGGGUGAAGAUGAAACAAUACAGAGGACCACGUUCGAACGCAGGACAGAAGGAACCAUUAAUUGUGAAGAAAGCCUGAAGCCUACUCUGGAAGACGCUCGCUCCUGGGCAAUGUCAUUUGAAAAGGUGAUGAAAAGUGCAGCCGGGCGAAGCUGCUUCAGGCAGUUCCUGAGGACAGAGUUCAGCGAGGAGAACAUGAUGUUCUGGCUCGCCUGCGAGGAGUUAAAGAAGGAGACGAACAAGACCGUGGUGGAGGAGAAAGUACGUCAGAUAUACGAGGACUUCAUCUCGAUUCUUUCCCCUAAAGAGGUCAGCUUGGAUUCCCGCGUCCGAGACGUGAUAAACCGCAAUAUGCUGGAGCCGACCUCGCACACGUUUGACGACGCCCAGCAGCAGAUCUACACGCUGAUGCAGAGAGACUCGUACCCUCGCUAUAUAAACUCGUCGGCGUACACGGAUCUGCUCAAGAGCCUGGAGGAGCCUCCCUCCGAGCCAUAAAGACUCCCCACUGCCACACGAUUAGCUUUCCGGCGCAUGCAUCCCACUCACAGGAGUUCUGUGUUCAUGUUGGAGUCCUGCUAUU